AUAUUGAAUUUGAUGCCGAAUAUCUAGCUGUCAUUCUCGGGUGAAAAAAUUUUCGAUAAGAUUUUCUGCGAAGCAGUCAGUAUAAGAUCUCCCAAUAAUAUUUUUUGCCGGUUUGCCCAACUAAUAAAUAAUUGUAAACACGCGUCGAUUGCAGCCCUGUUGUUAGUGUUGUUGCCAAACAUAAAAGUGAUUAGCGCGCCGCUUUUCUCUGCGGCGGCACCAGAAAAUCGUGAAUUUUUCGCGUUUUAGCACAAAAAUUGGUGCGAAUCGCAGUGUUCUAGUCCAAGAGGCCCGGAUACGGAACAUAAGUCAUGAGUAGUAGUGCUCCGGGUAGCGAAAGUGGCCUGGCAAAGGUAUCGACGCCUUCGCCAUCGCCACUGGCCAAAUUGGAUGCGGAUUUUACGAGCUCCAAGUUCGAGAUGCACCCCUCGCUUUCAGACGAGGAGCGCCGCUUUUACCUGAAGAUGUACCCCAACGUGGAUCUGGUGAACCAGCGAAAGGUGCACUGCACCGUGUGCAAACUUCACCUGGGCACAGCACCCGCCGCCGAGAGCAACAUCAAGAUGCAUCCCAUACUGCGGGUGACGCACUGCGUCAAGUGCCACGAUUUUUACAACAGCGGCGAGUUCUCCAAGGGCGAGGAUGGCUCUGAGCUGUACUGCCGUUGGUGUGGACAGGGCGGCGAAGUAUACUGCUGCUCCACCUGCCCCUACGUCUUCUGUAAGUCGUGCAUCGUGAAGAACCUCUCCAAGGGCGUCAUCGUGGACAUCGAGCAAAACGAGAACUGGAACUGCUUCAGCUGCACGUCCAAGAUCCUGUGGCCACUGCGCGCCCAACACUGGGCGCUGGUCAAUUACCUUCAGACGCAGAAAAGAGCCCUACAGACUCUUCAGCUGCCCGAGGUGGAGGCCCGACGCCAAAUGCUUAAGGAUAACAGCAAUUGCUGCCGCUUGGCGAAGUCGAAAACCAGCAGCUUAUCCGACUCUAUGGAAAGCUUGGAGUCCAAUGUCUCCAAACGCAGCCAAGGCAGCUCAGCGGGCUCGGGUAAGCGGGGAUCCAUGCCAAAAACCAUUCCUCCGGGACCACCAUCCAAGCGCACUAAAGCUUCCAACAACGAAGUUGUUUGCACACCGGAUCUGCUCAGCAUGCUGGAGCCGGAUUGCCAGCUCUCUGUGACGUCCAAGCCCACUGGACGUCAGCCGGUGACAGCGGCAAAUAUCACAACCACUCCGAGGAUUGUCACUGUCCAACAGAACUACCAACCGGGACAAAGUUCCAGCAGCAGCGGCAGUAAUGGAAGCGUAAGUGGUUCUUCAUCAAUGCCACCGACACUUAGUAGCCUGCCACCUCCCUUGGUUCUUAGUGGAUCUGGAAUCCGCUACCGCCAGAAUGCCCCUGGUGGGGUCUCGGGUGUGGUACGUCGUACUGUGGUCCCUAACUCGGUGAGGACCAGUGGGCCAGUCUUUCACACAAUUAAUGGGUUCAAAGUAGAUUUAAAUAGCGCUGCACAACAGGAUUCCUACCGCUUGCCUAAUGGUCGACUGAUUCAGGUGAAACGUCAGGUACCCCAGGCAAUUCAGCCGGCAUCAACACCACCAACACCACAAACACCGCCUGCUUUGGUCGUUCCUCAAGUAGGUCCGGGUGUAGUUAUCCGACCUCGAGCUCCAAUUACGUCUAAUAGGCCUUCACUGCAUAUCAGCGCGUACGGUUCUAACAUGGGUAUCUAUAACCCGCAGACGAACCAGCAGCAGCGGGCUCCGCAAGUGCGAGUUGGAAACACCAAUCAAGCGCCUCCACCGCUGCAAGGUCCUCAGCCCAAUGCCAAUGGCGGUCAAACUCUCAUGAUUACUCCAGCGCCACCACCAACGCCUAAGGUUCCAACUUUGGUUCGUCACACCUUCCCCAACACGCCGAUGGGUCAGGCACGGGCGCAGCUGCAGGAGCAAAUCUUUAGCGCCAUGGACAUCUGCACUCAUCUCACCGGCAAAGUAGUGUCCCUUACCCACUCGAACGCCUACAACCAGGUUCGCAGCUAUCUGGAACUGAAGCAGUUAUACAUUCACAUGUCCUAUUUGAUGACCUAUGCCAUUGGACGGUUUAAGAACCUGCACGAGAAGUGUUUGGUGGACAUGCGGGAGAAGGGCUUCAAGAAUGACGCCAACAGUCUGGAGAAUGGUCAACUAGCUGCUGAUAAACAAGCUAGCGAUGACGAAGAUAAUGAAAUCGAGAUUGUGGAGCCCAAAACGGACACCAUUACCAUUGAAUCUGACAACGAAGAUGACAUGCCGUCCACCUCGACCGCAACACAACAAAAGCAGCCUCAGGAAACGGCUAUUAUGAAGAUCACAUCCGUGACAUCGGAGGCGGCGAAAAACGAACUGCAAGAGAACAACCAGACCGACAUCGACGUGGCCGCAUUCAGCUCCACGAUAUUGGCCAGCCUGCUGGAGGUGGAGGUCAACGAAGGCGCCAGUGAGCCCAAGCCCAUCUCUCCUGGCCAAAAGAAGCAGCCACGCAAGAAAACUACAAAUAAGCCAAAUCCAGCACUCUUGCAAUUGGAACGCCAACGCAUGGAGGACAUGAAGAAAUCCGAUGCCAAGCUGAAAAUGAAGGUCAUGGUCAAGUUGAAGCGAGCUGAGGAUGAGUUCGAGGUGGCGCGAAAAUGGGUCGAGGACAUGAAACAGAAGCAGGAAUUGGCCACCAAGAUAAAGGACUCAAAAGCCGCAACACCAUCAAACAAAACUAAAAACCCAAGUGAAAAUCUUAAAAUUUCUGAAACAGGAUCUUCAGCCAAAAAAGAGAACACAAAGCGACACGGUGAGGUUGAUAAGGAAAAUACCAAGAAUAAGGAAAAAAUUGGAGAUAUAUUGAAAGCGGCCAUAAAAGCCAAAAUUGGCGAAAACGAGAAACACAUGGCCGAAGAUGAACAUCUGCCAGUGGAUGAACUUCUAACAGAAAAAGACAAGGAAUUGGACAAGGAAAAAUCGACAUCCACUGAACCAGAAAAGAAAAACACAUCAGGAAUAGAAAAAGAAGCAGACAAAGAACAACAUUCAACAAAAGAAAACAUUGUAAAGGGAGAAAGUAAGGAUGAAUCUAAAAAAGUAUCAAAAACUGAUCAGAAAUCCGAUUGUAAAAAAGUCCCAGAUUCCGAAUGUACAGAAAUGGAAGAGGAUACUGAGAUGGUAUCGGAAAAAGAAUAUGGCGGGUCCGCAGAGGAACAAGGUGAUACUGAAAAUAUGGAAGAUGAAACAUUUUCCGAAAGUCCCACUUUAAUUGGAGAAAACGAAAAACAGCUUCUCACAGAGGGAAAAGAAAAGAACUCGGAAAAAUCUGAGAAGGAAGUAGAACCAUCAAAAGAUGUUGGAAAAGAAUUCCCAACGGCCCAAGGUAAAGGUCCCAUUAAAGCUGCAGAGCAAGAUACCGAUGAACUUAAGGACGUUGGUGCGGAGCCUAAAAAUUCGACCCAAGACGCUUUAAACACAGUUGAACCCCCUGUAGAAACAUCCACUUCCACACUUGAAAAUGAUCAGUCUUCCGUAGGGGAACUCGUUGAAAGAAUGGACGUUACCGAACUUGAUGAAACGCCCAAAGAACUACUAGCUUGCGCUCUAGACGAAGUAAUUGCCAUGGAGGGCAUCGAACUAGGUGAUGAUACAGAGGAGCUGAUAAAAGCCUUGGGCAGCCCCAGCGUCCUGGCUUCCGAAAAUACAAAGGAUAAUGAGACUGAUUUGGAUGCAAACGAUUUUAUUGAAAAUCUCCCACUCGAAACAACGGAGCCACCUGAGAUCCUCUUGAAGGAGGAUGAGAUCAAGGUGGAAAAGCCGACAGGGACUUCGCAGGUCGGAGCAUCCAGCCCCGCCGAAAAUGGUGACACAGAAAUGGAAUCCACACUCGAAGCCAGUGACUCUGCUCCAGACGAGCUCGCCACGGCUGAGAUUGUUGGCUAGUUUAUGGUGAUCAUUUGAGGUCCCGCCGAAGAAGAUUGUUAGCUGUGGCCCUGAAAACCUGCCAUUUAGUAUUUGUACUAGAAUUUAAAACCAAACAAAAAACAAACACAACAUUUUAUGUAAAUACUUUGAUCUGUUUAUAAUUUAAACAA